AUGUCUUUGGAGCUCCUCUCGCUGGAUGAUGAUGUCCUCGAUCACGUCGCGUCGUUUCUUCAUCCUCUAAAUGCUCUCGCCCUGUACCGUUCUAAGCGGAUCCAUAUCAUCGCCCUCCGACAGGCCCUCGCUACACUCUUCAUCAACAACCAUUCGUUGUUCUUCAGAAUGGUAGACUACAUGCUCGCAGACAUCCCAAACCGGUUGCAUCACUUGCGCGACCUGUAUCUUUUUAUAGGGCCAAUCGUCGAUGAAUUCAAUCAUGUAGACGAAGACGAGGGCGAGUUAAAUCUGAUUUAG